AGAUAGACGAGAGGACUUGCUGCUAGGGUUCCUCCGCCGCCUCAUCGGCGACGAGCUCCUCCCCCGCCCAGAUCGUUGCCGUCCGCCGGUCCCGGACCUCCCUCCCGUUCAAGCUUGUUCCCGAGCGGUGCCUCCCCGAUCUCUCUCCCGUACGACCGACCGACGUCCGUUCCUCCCGUCAGUGCUAUCAUCGGCGGCGAUUUGGGAGCCUCUGCGGCGACGAUUCAUCAUGGUGUCUGUAAAUCCGUUAGACUUCGAGGACAUGUUUGACGUCGAGGAUCUCGAGCCUUUUGUUUACGGUAAGUCGGCUGUAAAGAAGUUGGACGACGAGUUUGAGGUGGAGGGCCUAGUACCAUUUCUUUACGAUGAGGCUACAUGGGUGGCCUGGACGGAGGAGGAGAUGGAGAGGCAACGCCGAAAUAAAGAGGAGAAGGAGCAAAAGGAAGCAGAGAAGGAGCGGAGAGCCACGGCGCACAAAAAAGUCAUGGACUCAAUCAUCGAGUACGACCCCAAGGUGGGGGACAAGGUCUUCACUCGCUUUUUCCUCAGAGAUUUCUCCGUCUUCGACAUAAAUGAGAAAUCGCCUGUCCUUCCAAUGCGUUAUAAAGAUAGCAAGUACAAAGCUGAGUUUGGGUUUGAAGACUCUGCAAACAUCCUUUCGAUCAGCGUAGUCUCCUCAGAUGAAGGCUUCCCAGUCAAUGUUUACGGCAGUAUCAUUGCCAGAGACAGCAUCGACUACAAGUGCAUUGAUCUGUUUCACCGCCGUAGAGAUGAUUGCCAGUCCAUCAACCUAGAGGGUGACACGUUGGUUUUGACUGGCCCAGGACGAGGUUUAGUGCUAGUUGAUUUCAUCUAUCUAGAGAUAGAUCUUAAGAUCAAGAAGGAAGGAGUGUAUCCUGACAAGCAAUUCAGCAAGGGUCUAAUUACCAUUGACGGGCGAGUACUUUCUAGGGACAAAGAUGUCGUGGUUACAAGUGAAAGGCUUGAUAGCUUCCGCAGCACUAUGGAGGUCAGAGUUGCGACUGUCCUAAACGCAGUGGAGGCCACCUUUAAAUUCAAGCUUGUUGGGGGGGAUUUCGAUGGGAAGAUUACAGCUGGCAUGUCAGACAUUGAUGAAGCAAUUGUCAUUUAUGACAGCAAAAAAGAUGGUGUGGCGAAGCGUGGCGUUAUCAAACUCCGCCGGCGUGUCAUGACUGUCUGUGUAUCUAGUAGAAGAUUGCUGAGGUUUCAUGUCAAGAAUAAGGCUGGUGGUGGUGUGACAAAAUUAAUCGUUGAUUUCACUCCACAAAGCCCUGGUUCAGAGGUUUAUGAAUUUCAGUGUGGUCGUGGGAAUCUCAGGGGGAGUGUCGUCUGGUCCUUGAUGGACUUUAGGCCAUAGUGGUGCUGGCUUGGUAAAUUAAGUUGUAUCGAUGUGUUAAUUUAAGCCACGAUGCAAUGGUGUAGUGAACUAAGCUAAGUUGUGAUGAAUGAUGCAGUGGACUUGCCGUAAGUUAGUGAUGUAGUUGGAUCAAGUAAAUGCAUAAUUAAUGCUGCUUGUUACCUAUCC